AUCUUACAUGAAAUGUUGUAACCAGCACGUACUCUGAAUAAGGAUUGGUGUCAGUGAUUUAAUUGCAUAAAUAUUAGUGGACUACUCAUCAGCUGCCAAUAUUAUGAGUGUUAAAUCAAUCUAAUUUCUAUAUUGUAAAUUGAUUUGAUGACAUUUAUGAAAGAAGUUGUUAUUUUUAUUUGAAAAUUAGUUUUGGUUGAUCACAAGUUUGGUUUUUUUGAUACGGUUAAAUAUACACCUGAGGUUUUAUAGCUUUUUAUCGAUUCACAUGUCAGCACAAUUAACAAAAACAAACGAAAACAACCAACAUUUACAUAUAAUUCAGAAUUUUUUUUGAGAUAUUGUGAGCCAGUGCUAUAGGCUAAUUUUUAAAAUUAUAUACAUAUUUUUUAACCUUCCCAUUUGAUAGUGACCCAGUCUAAUUCAUAAUACAGUAUUGAUCUGUUGCAGCUUGUUGCAGAAACUUUCGAAAAUAUUAUCAUAUAAGUUAAAUUCUAGCCCAGCACGGUAUUGCCGUAUUCAAGAAUAGGACAAAUAAAAGGGAAAACAUUAAUAGGAAUUCACACUAUAGAGUAUAAUUUUGAAUCAGGAUUGGGAUAAAUUAAGAAGUAAAUCAUGUAUCUUCAGUUGCUUUCUGAGUUGGUUGAAUACUCUCAUUAUUUCUGAACUAUGAGUAAAAUGGACUUGAUGGUUCGAUCAAAAAUAUGCACAAUUCUUUAUAUUUGGACUUAACGAAAAAAUUAUUUGCAAAAGCUGCGGUAGCCUAAGAGAGCCUUGUUGUAAAACUUGUUUUGGGUAAACGAACAAGAUCAGAAGCACUUACUGUUAUCCUUAUAAAUAUUCUUGAAAAUUUUCUAUUUAAAUUGGUUCUAUCAGGGGAAAUGUGCCGUCAAGCUUUGUUGAAUAUUGAAACUUUUUUCUUUUCUUGUUAGGAUUAACCUUCAAACACUAGCACUUGCAGUAGAUGUUUAAUUUAUCUAGUUUAAUCUGGAUUCCUUUUUCUGUCGUAGAGAAAAAAAUAUUUGCUUAUGAUAAACUGUGUAUAAGAGUGGAAUCUAAACCAUUUUAAAAGUCAGGAGUAAAUUAGAAAUGUCAUAAAUAUCUUAAAAUAAGUUUGGUAUCAGAUUAUCACCCUGUUUAACGCCAACUUAUGUUUCCAAACUCUGUUAUUCUAUCAUUGAUACGGACACAAAAAUUUUACGAGUCAUAUACCCUUAACGAUGUUUUACUUUAAAUUAUAAUUAUAACUAUUCAAAAAUCCCUGAUGUUCCAAGUUCUCAUCACGUGGAGCGAAUUCUAGCGUGAACAGUAGAAAUGCUAAAUUUCAAUUUAUAUUGUCCUCAUGAUACAUGCACUGGGGUGACAUUUUUUCUUUUAGAUUGAAAUUUCAUACGCUACACCCUUUCCAAUAUGGAGUCGUUCCAACGGUUGGACACGGAUAUGGGUAAUUGCUCCCGGGGUUAGCUGAUAGCGCGCUUGGCUGCUCACGUCAAUCAAAUUGAGCGCUAUUGUCUUCUGACCGAGUCUCGUCGGAGUUAGGUUUUGUGGGCGGUGACAACAACUUGGUUCUAUAAAUAUCGCCCGAUAAGCCAUUUACGGAAUAGAGUUAGAGAAGGGAACGUGAAAGUUGGUGAUGAAGAUAAAUAUUGUUAUGAACGAAAAUCCUCAGGAUGACCCUUAUGGGUCAAAUGAAAGUAAGACUGUGUCAAGUCAAGAUAAAAAACCUGAGAAAGACUCGGCCUAUUAUUGCGCACAAGAUUUUACAAUCCUGCUUAGAACAGCACAGUCGUUGGCUCAGACAGGGUGGUAUUAUGGACAUUUCACAAUGAAGGAGGCAGGACUUUUACUUCGAAAGGAACCAGCUGGAACUUUUCUAAUAAGAGACAGCUCUGAUUCAAAGUGUCUGUAUUCUCUGAGUGUCAGAACAAAACGAGACGUAACCAAUGUGAGAAUUUUAUAUAGUAGGGGGAUGUUUCAGCUUACUAGUGACGAACGAAGUAGUGGAAGGAUCCCGAAAUUUGACAAUGCAGUUAGUUUAAUAGAUUUCUACGCUCGUAUGAUACGAAUGGGGAAAGCUGAUAAAAUUGUAGGAACCUCAGGAAAAAGGGCCUCUACAUUAGUAUUGCAGAAACCUAAACCAAGUUGUGUCUUGGAUUUGAAACAUUUGUGUCGUUUGUCAAUAAACAGAAAUCUUCCGUUAACCCGAAGCAGGACAAAAGUAUUGAACAAUAUGGAUAAGUUACCAGUUCCUAAGCCCAUCAAGAGCUAUUUGAAGGAAUAUCCGUAUAUUUUUUAACUUCGAGUGUUCAAACGCCUCGGCUCUGGGGUUAACAAUAGUGAAAACUACCUGGCCCGCGUGGUCAGUACCUGUUACAGGUAUACACGUAACAAACUCCUUGUUUUGUAGGGGUAUGUGUUGUUUAAGUAUUACUUUAGUUUGAAUGUUUCGUUCAUGCAUGAAAUAGAAAUAUAAAUUGAUAGAAACGGA